AUUCACCAGGAGAAAACCCCCUCUGGUGUUUUUACACAGCUUCUUCUCCCUGGCAGUUAAAGUCCCCGUGUUUGUUUGCUGAAGGAACUUACGGCCCCAAGUCAUUGUUGAGCAGGCACUCGCAAGAACCUCCCUCGUUUCAACACACCUUUUCCUUCGAAAUUGAUAUGUCACAAAGGCACCGUGUCCACAAUCAGUCAAACUCACUGUGCUCAGACGGGACGGACGGGACCUAACCGGGAAGUGCUGGCCACGAGGAAGGGACCACAUGCAGCACAUCUUCACCCUGAGACAGACACGGCCUUGACUUUUUAGUCCACAUCCAAACUGAGGAAGGGCCGACCCGGAGGCCUCCGCAUCGGAAAAGACCGACCCGGAAAAAAACCCGACGCCGACCAGCGUUUAAACAAACACAAGCAUGGGGAGUCCGGGCGGCACUGCACACUCACCUCUCUACGUCAGUCCGCCCCACGGCGGAGCCAGGACGGCCUGGCCGGACGAGGCCGAGGACGUCAAACUGCCACGCGGCAGCUGGGCGGGGGUCUACAUCCCCUACUGCGACAGAUUGGCCAUGGAGGAGAAUCCCUGGAUUAUGAGGAUGACGGAGGCCCCGGCUCACGUUCCCCCUCCCUGCAGGGCGCCUGAGCCGAGCCCGGCCAAGCCGCCCGGCCCGGCCCAGGAGCCCCCCUACGCGACGGAGGGGCAGGUGGAGGAGUGCUCUCUGGAGCAGGUCCAGACCAUGGUGGUGGGAGAAGUGCUGAAGGACGUCGACACGGCUUGCAAACUGCUCAACAUCGCUCCGGACCCGCAGGACUGGAGCUGCGUGCACGUUCAGAAGUGGCUCCUCUGGACCGAGCACCUGUACAGGCUGCCGCAGGUCAGCGCCAUGUUCCAGCAGGUGAGCGGGAGAGACCUGUGCUCCAUGACAGAGUCGGACUUCAGGCAACGCUCCUCGCAGUUUGGAGACAUGAUGUACGCUCAUCUGGACAUCUGGAGAUCUGCUGCAGCAAUGAAGGUGUGCUACCCACCACCCGAAGACAGCGGAUCCGCAGCCGAGGACUCGUGGUCAGAUGUGAUACGUAACUACCCGAACCAGCCCAUCCACCUGUGGCAGUUCCUCAGAGAGCUGCUCCUCAAGCCUCACAACUACAGCCGCUGCAUCCGCUGGCUUAAUAAAGAGAAAGGGAUUUUCAAAAUUGAAGACUCAGCUCUCGUAGCCAGGCUAUGGGGCAUCAGGAAGAACCGCCCAGCUAUGAACUAUGACAAACUGAGCCGCUCAAUACGCCAGUACUACAAGAAGGGAAUCAUCCGCAAGCCCGACGUAUCACGCAGACUGGUCUAUCAGUUCGUCAACCCGGUAUGAAGAAGAGGGUUUGCAGAUCCGAAGGCGACGAGCUGAGGAGGAAGAUAUGCUGGGCAUAGUCAAGAGUGAUAUAAACUCUUCAGUUUUGCUUGAUCAUUAUACUAAAUGUUUCAUUUCGAUUGUAAAGACUGCCUACUGAACCAAGCACUCCUGCCUAUCAUAGCUCUACUUUAUUUUUGUUAGUAAUGAUUUUAUUUUUAUUUUCAACAUUUUUUGAGUGUGAUAUAUGAAACUAUCAAAAACAUUUGACAGAAUGAAUGCAUAUUUACUUUUUUUGGGGGGACCUGGCUCACGUAGCUAUACACUACAAUCGGGAACAGCUAGUUCCGCUUUGUCCAAAGGCUUAAUAACAAUAACUAGAUAUGAGAACCUAUAAAGCCUCUAUAAAGAGCUUUAGGGUGCUGAUGGGUGAGUUUUGAUAUAUUUGGACAGAGCAAGGCUAGCCCUGUCCCCUGUUUCCAUCUUUGUGCUAAGCUAAUCUCAUCAAACCAGAUGCUAGCUCCGGCGACAUAUCCAACACUGAGGGGUAUCAAUCCUCUCAUAUAACUCUUGGCAAGAAAGCAAACUGUUAUAACUUCACAAUUCCUUUAAAUUCUAUUUCUCAUCAGCGACAUUCGUUGACGUUCCCUUUCAAUUAACAACAGUAAGUGGAUAUCCUAUCAAGCCAGCCUUUUGCAUUUAUAUCUUUGGCAUUAUCUUUAGGAUCGAGAAUAAAGCUAUAUAUAUACAUAUAUAUAUA